ACCGUUGUCCAGGUAGUCGUCGAAGGAACAUAAAAUUUCUACCCCGCAUGCUAGUUUAUAUUAAUCCUCAGUAUCAGUGUUGCCGCGAGCUUUGACGAGUCCGAGCUUUUUUCGGUCACGCGGCUAAAGUAUAAACACUAGUCUUCAUAUUAUUUUUUACCUCAUUACUAUAUACUAUUUAAAGUUAAAUUAUAUUUUCGUACUCGUGUAACUGUAACUAUCAAUAUAUAUCUUAAAAAUCUAUUUCUUCCGUGAUUCGAUUUCAUUAACAAUUCAAAUAGUUGAGAAAAGACUUAAGACUGUAGGUAAUUUAUAAAAACUGAUCAAUUUAUUAAGAAACAAUUGUCUUUAAAUAUUAAUAGACACAUGACGGUCAAGUCAACCUUGAUUUUAAUUAUUUUGAUCGGUUAUAUAUUUUGCUUAUAAGAUCAAAGAUUUGAUAUUUACUAUAAUGAUCAAUUAAAAUCUAUUUCUAGUAAAAUAAUAAACGUUGAUGAAAGUAUAUAUUGUAUAAAAGAAUUGAUUAAAAGCCGGCUUCUUCAUUUAAAUUAUUCUUUUUUUUUUACUUAUUCUAAUCGAUAGUAAACUUAUUUUUUUUUCUUACGUCCACGCAUACACAAAGUAUCUUAGCUAACACGAAAGCUGCCAAUCUAUAUUGUCCAAUAUAAUUUAUAAUUCUUUGUGAGUGGGUCUGAAAUAUAGUUUCAGUAUAUAUAUAGACCCUAAAAAAAUAUAAGACUCUUAUUUCGUGCUUGAGUGAUUUGUUAUCAAGUGCCGCGUGACUUUUUUAAACGCACUUAUAAAUUUCUUCGAAUAUAAAAUAAUUAGCGAAUGAUAUCAUCAGAAAUUAUAAUGUCAGCAUAUUAAGCGACCUAUAUUUUAUAUAAAUAAUAUUUAAUAAUCAAACACAAAAAUUUAAAUAAAUAAAUAAAAUCAUGCCGGCUGGAUUAUCAAGUCUUCCACCGUCUUCUUUUGAUUACAAUAAUUAUAAAUCACCAGCAUUUACGAUAAUACAACGUGAUCAUUUGGAUAGUACACUACCUAUUCUUCAUAUCAAUAAUUUUAACAGUAGUGAUGAUAAUGAUAAUUAUAAUAAUGAAGAUUAUAAUUAUAAUAAUAAAAAAAAUAAUUUAUCAAAAAUUAAGAAUGAAAAUAAUGAUUUUUUAUCACGUAAACGUAUUAGUAAAUCAAAUGAUCAUUUAGUACUCGCAAAUCUUCAAAAUAAUCAAGUCAACCCGUUGAAAAAAAAACAACAUACGAGGAGUCAUGAUCAUCUUACUAAUGGUGAUGACAAAAUUAAAAUAUUAAAUGAUGAUUCAUCAUCAUUAUUAAUUGGUGGUAAUAAAUUGGCUAUGAAUUUAUCAACUGAAGAUUUUAAUGAAGUACUGACGGCUAAAUUAAAAAAAAUGCAAGAUAAUGAUAGACAAUUAUCAUCAAGUAAAAGUAGUAAUAAAAAUAAUAAUAAUAAUAAUAAUAGUAAUAAUAAACAACAGUCACCACAAAAAAAGCCAUUUAUAACAACGGUAAAAACAGGAGAAUUUUUAAUGCCACCACCAGAAGUAGCGUCACUACUUGGGAUGUCACCAAAUGGCUCUUGGAUAGGCCACGACCUGGAUGACACACACGAGGGUCUUCCACGCUCCAGGUUCCGGCCAUUUAUUUUCCGCGGUAAACGACCGGAAGUACGUCACAGUAGUCACAAUGCUAGGUGUCCUGCGGCCCUUAAGGCUACUGUUGACUUUCCCGUUAACGUUAUAAAUUCUUCGGGUGUCACUGCUUCGACCUUGGCUAAUGAAGUACACGCUCGAAAAGCCACGAAUAGCAAGUUUAAUGAAACUGAUCAAUCACUUCCCUUUGCAAAUAUUAUGUUUGAUAGACGUGUUGUUCGUGGUAGCACACUUGCUUCAGCCUCAAAUCUCGCUGACUAUGAACAAUCACAAGCAGCGAGACAAGCAGAAGCGCGCAGAAAACAAUUGUCAAAAAAAAGAGCACAAAUUCAAGCAACAAGAUCAAUGAUGAUGAAAAUGUCUACACCUCCUCCAGUUCCAGGAAGAAAACAUGAACCUGUGCAAACAGAAUUAUAUCUUGAAGAAUUGCUUGAAAAGCCACAGGAAUCUGAAGCUGCAACACAAACAGAUUAUUUUUUGGACAGACCAUCGACACCUUCUUUUUGUCCUGGCAAAGUAGGUGUGGAUGCUGAAACUCAAAUAGGACCUGGUGAUCUCUUUGACUUCGAUACGGAAGUUCAACCUAUCCUCGAAGUACUUGUAGGAAAGACGAUAGAACAGGCCUUAAUUGAAGUACUAGAAGAAGAGGAACUUGCUGCUCUUAAAGAGCAACAAAGAAGAUUCCGCGAAUUACGAGUUACUGAAAAAGUUGAAAAGUUACGAUUAGAAGAACAGGAACGAAGACUUAAAGAAGAAAAAGAACGACGACUUAAACAACAUGAAGAAGCGUUAAAAAUACAAGAAGAAACAGAAGAACGUGUUGCAGCAGCAGUUUUGUUGACUGGUUAUGUCGCCGAACUUUUACCAACGGUAUUGGAUAGAUUAAAAAUGUCUGGGUAUUUAUUGGACGAAAUAAAAGAAGACACAGAAGAAGGUUUCAUGCCUUGGAUUGUAAAUGAAGUGAAGAAAGAAAUGAAUACAAUGGUGGAUAGUAGAAAAUUACUUGAAGAUAUCAUAAAAGAAAUUUUGGAAAAUCGAGCUGAAAUUUAUAGAAAAAAAGCAGAAGGGUAUGAUACAGAAAGCACUAGAUCAUUAAUAACUCCAAGAAAACAGAGUGAAAAUGGAGAAAGUGAAGAUGGUGACAAAGCUAAAGAUGAAGCUAAUAAUUUAGCUAUCCAUGAAUCAAUGUUAAGCGAUUAAAAUAUAAAUACAAUGAUUAAUUGAGUUGUCGUACUUAAUCCUCAUCUAGCUGAUCGUUUAAUGCAAAGCCACUUUCUACAUCAAAUGUUAGUCUUUUCUUUUUAAUUCAUUUUAUUUAUUUAUUUAUCUUUUUUUCAAUAAAUGAGAGAGAGACCACUUGAACCAGCAGCUACGCAGCGUGUGUUAUACCCAUACCCAGUAUUUCAUCCCCUGCAUGGUUGCUAUACUGUAGAUGUACCAUCAUAUGUGUCCACCUUUUAUACUGCAUUAGAGCCGGUGUACACAGCUGCGAAACAAAUCCAUCAGCUCGGCUGUCCCCACCCGUGAUUCUCGUGAUCAAGCUCGACACCACCGAGGAACCUCCAAUGUGCUAUCCGAUGAACAAACAUCCCCGGUCACAAGCCCACAGCUAUUAAAAAUUAAUUAUUGAUUUCUCUUCGUCAAGACCAUAUACUUAACACUUAAAAAAAAUAAUCUUCAAUUGUGUGCCUUAUUUCUGGAUAAACAAAAUUAAAAUAGUGAUCAGAAUGUGUUUUUAUAAAUCUCAAUAUAU